UAUCGUUUCAAAUACUUAACAUACCUAACUCAGCUUGAAAUGGAGAAUUUGAACAAACUCAUCGGUGUUGUAGUACCAAACCCUGUUGGUAUGGUUCGAAAAUCAUUAUCGCAAAAAAUUGGUCAGGUUGAAGAAGAGAUUCACAUUAAUAGGAACCGACUCAAGAAACUCCGCAUUAGACUUCGCAGCGAAUUGAAAAAAUCCCGCCCAGCGUCUGGCGUUCCUCUAAGUGUUGACAAGGAUCUCCAAAAACGGUCAGUUUUAGUUUACAAUAUCAAUAGGGAUGCAAGCCGUUGCGAUUUGGUGAUGCAUUUUAAAUAUUGCGGAUGGAUUGAAAGUACCGUCAUGUUUGAAGAAGGCACAGAAUUUUGUGGGAUGGCGUGCAUUACUUUCAAGCAUGAGGUCAGUGCUUAUAUUGCAUUAAGUAUGAACAAGUCUCUAUUUCAAGGCGUCCAAAUCCGCGUUUUACCUUGGGGGUUGGAACAGGAUCUUCUGAUAAUCAGGGCAAUUGUUAAAGCAUGGGGAAAAUUAUUGGCCAUCCAGUUCCCAGCUGCGUCUCGAAUCAAAUAUUGUCUGCGCAAGAUAAAUGGAUUAUGCAACUAUCAUCAUAAACUCUCGAAUUAUUAUCUUGAAUUAGAGAAGUUUCGUACGGAUUCAAACUCUGAAGAGGCUCGGUUACUAUUCCGGCGAUGUUUCGACGCGGUUCAUUUUGAUGAACCCCGAAUGUACCCCGACUGUGAUGAAAAGUUGAUCGGUGUUCAAUUUCACAUUAUUAAUUGAUAUUAUUGUUGUUCAUAAUUUUAUGUCGGUUAAUAUUCUAUGUUUCACUUCACUUUCUAAUUAAAAAUGUAUUCUGAAAUCAUUGUAUACUCUUCACAUUCAGUUUUGUCCUUAUUAAAUUAUU